ACAACAUUUCAUUGAUGAUUUAAAAUUCACUUCAGCAAUGUAUCCGGCUUGCAACGUGAUUAAACAAUGUCACGAUAUCGUUGCAGACGAGUCAGGUCAGGUCACAAUUUACCAGUUAAUUUAUAUUAACAAUUAAUCAAGACAAUUUAUUGUGACUUCCUUUUGGGGAAUAUAGACAGAUUCACAAUGAUAGCUUAUUGUUGUUGUUGUUAUUAUGAUGUAUUGACCAUUAUGUCACUUUAAAACUAAAUUUGAAAAUUAUUUCAUACUGUACUUUAUAUUUCAGAUAACGAUGUAGAUGGAGAGACAGUAGACUGUGGACUCACUGAGACCAUGGUUGCAUAUCUUUUUGACAAGUCUUUCAAAAAGCAGCUGAAGUUCAGAGACUUCACAAAUCGCUACAAGGAAGUCAUCAUCACUUUACAACCGGUCGACCCAUUUGAAGGUACAGUUGAAGGUCCAGUGUCCCAAGCAAACCAGAGUUCUAUACCUUCUUGCCGUAGACUGCCUGCAGUUAUUUCCAUUCCAAAAUUCCCACAAGAUGUCCAGAGUCGCUUGGAUCUCAAAGAACCAGUCCAGAAAGAACAGAAGUACCGAAACAAAAUAAUUGGGACUCUUUAUGAAAUGCUGUCACAGUACACAAUGUACCCAACCCACUCAGACUACAUCCAGGUCAUCAAAGCCCUGAUUGUGAAGUAUCCUUUCUUAAGAGAUGUACACGGAAAUGGUUAUGACACCUGGCAUAGCCAACUCAAGAGAAAGUUCAAAGCAGAACGGGCUCCCCUAAUCAGCAACGAAGAAGUGAACCGGGUUAAAGAAAAGUUUGGACGCACGCAGAAACAUCGGACCACAGAGGAAUCCAGCAGCUCCUGUCUGAAGAGACUGAAGCCCUCUCUCGAUUCGUGCUUUGUGGGGGAAGAUGCAGCCUCCGUUGAUGCUCAUAUCAAGGUACUAAAUGAUCAGCACAAGAAGCUACAUCCUGACACAGCACUGGUGAAAGACCGCAUGGCAAAAACCUUUGCAUGGAGACGUCGAGAGGUAGCUGAAGGAAUGUGUACUGUGGACCUAUUAAAGAGAUAUCCAUUCCUGGGGACACCCGCAGGGUUGUGUGAUGAGGUUGAUUUAAUGCAUCCUUGCCAAGACAACAUCUGUCGCCGCUUUAGCAAAAACUUCACAGCUGUUCUUCAAAAUGUUCUUCAAAUGACCAAGGAUUUGCCACUGAAGAAGGUCUACAUGGAGGCAAGAGAGAAUGCACUGGCUGAAGACAUUACAGGAAUCGACUUCAAGGGGGCACUUCUCCUCUUGCCAUCCAUCUUCAAGGAGAAGAUAGAAGAUUUCAUCAUCCUUGGAGAGAAUACUCCCACGAGUCCAUACCCAACUAUUCGAAUGAAGGAUAAGAAUUGGACAGCUGCCCUCUCAAGACAGUGUCGCGGUGUUGUGACAGUUGAAGGAGUGGAUGUUUGCUCGUGCCGCUCGCUGGAUGAGGCCUACAUCUCAGCAUUCUCCAGCUUCUUCGUGUUCAACAUGACCUACCCUGCAUACUUCAAGAAAACACUUGUCUUUCUUCAGAACUGCAUUGUCAACAUAGGAGAACAGGGAGACAAACCCCUUCCAGUAAGUGUCACCAGAGUACUUAACCAACUCUAUUAAAAAUGCCCCCACUCUACAAAUGUUCAAAAUGUUCAAAAAGGGCAUUUACUCUGAGGAAGUUGAUUACACAU